CGUGGCGCCGCAGUGUCGUUUGUGUGGUUUUGGCGUUCAAUUUCGUUUGCUGCUCGCCGGUCUCGCCCAGUGGUCCACCACGGUUCCAUCGGACUAAACGUGCGGUCGCGUGUUGCUGCGUACGCCGUUAUUAUUUUAAUAAUACAUGUCCAUAAAUCAUAAUUUAGAUGAUAAAAGUAUAACUAUACAUUUAUUUAUAUACGAUCGAUAAUUUACUGAUUUGUAUACAAGGAAAAUAAUUGACCCCUCAACCGAAGACCUUGAACACUAUUUGAAUAUAAUAUGAUAAUUUCAAUUUAACCGACCGUAUUAAAAUAAUAUCAUAUAGGUAAUGUUCUAUAGUAUUAUUAUAUCGAGUACAAACGGCCCACAAUAAUACAUUUGUAAACACUGUAUAUAAUAUAAUAUACAUGCGAGUAUACAAAUCAAUAUCAUAACAAUUCGGGAUAUUACACUUAUUUAUCAUUAUUUACACUGUCACAUCUGCACAAAUUGAUUUCAAUAAAUUAUAAAUUACAAUAUAGCAUUGCACCCGCUGCAGUUAUUAUAAUAUACACCUAGUUCAAAAUCAUUUCUAUUCUCACUAUCGAUUGUUGUGUGUUUGUCGUAGGUAGUUCAAGGGAUUCUUCAGAUAUUUAUGGGAUGUAACUCGAGCAAAAGUGCGUCAAAAGCUGUACACAAAAAAAAAUUACUACCCAUCAUGAGCUUUCCGCCGUCCAAAAAUGUAAGAUUAAAUUUUAGAACAUAAUAUAUAUUUACUUUUUUGUUUUACGUCUCGUUCGACAUUUCCUUUUCCGUUUGAAUGAUAUUUUCAAUAUCAUAAAUUAUACCUAGGUACCCGCGCCUGGUUAAAUUUAAUUUGUUAGUUACGAACAAGACUGUAAUAUUUUAGUUUUUUACUAGAAACAUUUGUAAAUUGAUUUAGUUCAAGUUUAUAAAAUAAUUGUUAUAGUUGUUACGAUGACAUAUAUUGAUUUCUCAUAUUAUUAUUAUUUUAUAGCAAUAGGUAGUGUUUAUGCUAUUUUAAACGCUAUAUCAUAAUGAACAUGUUUUAUUCCUUUAAUCUGCUAAAAAUAAUAAUAUAUUUCUUGUUUGCAAGUAUUAAUGUUCUGUUGGUCGUAUUGCAUUAUCAUUGUGGACGUAUUUAAUAUUUUGUUCAUUUUUGUUGUUACUUUAAUAUUAUUGUCCAUUGUUAAGAAUUCAAAACAAUACGCCCAUUUAUGCUAAAGCAUACUAAUAUAGGUACCUAUAUUAGUAGAUAUAGUAGGUAUCAGUAUUGAGUAGGGAUGAGUUUUAACAUCCUUUCGUGAAUGAAUCAUUAAAAUUCUAAGUGUAUUCACUCAGUAUUAUAUAUUUUUAACGAACAUUUCGCAGAUUACAUUUCAAGGUUAUUGUUUCUGGGGACAUGUGUCAACUUGCUAAACAAUAGAAAGUGAAGAAAACAACAUAUUAGGUAUCUAUACCUAAUAAGCUAAUAUAAUAGAAGAUUAUUUUCAAAAAAAAUUUCCUCGAUGACUUUCAUAUUUUCCAGUAUUUAUAAAUCAGAAUGCUUAAGUUGAAUUACAGGUACAACAUGCCAAAUAAAUAUUAAAACAGCUAUAACUAAUCCUCCAAUUCAUAUCACUUAAUCGAAAUUAAUCUGCUAAUUUUUGCUACCGCCUAUAUACAGGUACUAAUGCUAUAAUUAACCCCGUGGUAUUUAUCUUUGAUUUAUUUAUAGGUACCUUAAUGUCAACUAUGACAUUAAUAAUUAAUUAAUUAAUUAAUAAUUUAUUUGUUAUUUCCAUGGAAGAAAAAUGGAAAAAUAAAAAUAGCGAUGACACAUCAUCCUUUUUUGAGAUAAUUUCCACCCUCUUCGACUCGGUUGUUUAUUCUGUAUUGAUCCAGUCUACUGAGCAUGCCCGGUGUGUGCAUGGCAACUCACCAACCCCCCGGCUUUCGUAAUGUAUACCCUGUAUAUUCCACUGCAGUGAAUGUGUUUUCCCAUUUAAAAAUGUUUGUAUUUUUUUAUGUGCAUGCAUUAUUCGUUAUAAUUGCCAAAUAACCUAACAUUUCAAUAAUUUAUAUUGUAACAGUUAAUCAGAACUUUCAGUUUAAAAAAAUAAACAAAUGUAAAUUGCAAUAAUAAUAAUAAAACGCGAAAAUUCGGUUGAUAUAGAGGGUCCCAAAAUCGUAAUUUCUGAACGUGUGAAUUAUAGCGAUGAAUAUAAUAUACAAUAUGCCUACCUAUUAUACUUAUUUAUAGUCCUACAACUAUCCUUGCCUAAUUAUUUUUAGGUAAUUAAAAAUAUAGGUAAUAAUUUAUUAAACGACAAUUCGACAAUAUAUAUUUUAUUGUAAAUUGACUUUGACAUUGGUUUUAUUUUUUUCUAUAUUAAGUACCUAUUACCUACGUUGUGUGUUAAAACUAUCCCUUAUAAUUAUCAUUGUAUAUUACAAACAUUUUCAUUAGAACAAGAAACUCCUAAAAAAUCACAAAAUAUCACUGUUAAAUUAUGGUAAUAUUAUUAAUACAUUUUGUUUAAUUAUAACUUAAUUAGUUAUUUUUAAAAUAUUUUUUAAUUAUUGAAUCAACACCAAUUACCUACUACCUACCUAAAUUAAUUUAUUAACUAAUAAAUUAUCGAUAAAAUGCCCUAUCUAUAUUAAUAAUUACAAUAAAUAGUGUUUUAUUUCUUCCGUUCGAUGCAAUACAAUUAUUACAAAAUUAAUAUAAUUUUUAUAUCUAUUGAAUUUCUUGUAUAGCCUAUCCCAAUUCAUAAUUACAUACUUUGUAUUCUGCAUUUUUUUUUUUUAUGUUGAAUAUUGCAAAAAUAAUUUAAAUAAUUGUGCUCUCCUAAUAUUAUUAUAUAGUCUAUUACAAAUAAAAUAGAUCAUCGUUGGUUCUUAUCGACAACCCAUAUAGACCGUAAAAAUGGCACGCCACGGUAUAUUUGCAGAUGGUGCCGCAUUGCGUAAAUAUUAUAUCGACUGUCAAGGUAACUCCUUUUAUAAAUUUGCAAUAGAAAUUCUUUAUGCUUCUUUCGUAUUCAAUCUUAAACUCGACAAAUUCCGUUUUAAAUUCGAUUAUUAUCAUAUCGAUCCGUUUUUCAUCAAAACUGACUGUUAAGUUUGUAAGUCUGAAGUAGGUACCUACCUACGCUUAUAGGUGCCUAAUAUGAUUAUUGCAGUAAACAUUUUAGGUACCUCUACGAUUCAUUUUAAAUGGUUAAGUAACAUUUAGUUUAAUAUAAUUAUAAUUUAACAUUAAAAUACCAAUAGCGUACUGUAUAUAUUACGGCGAAUAAUAUGCGAUAAUGUGUUAUGCGUGUUUUUUUUUUUUAAUUACUUGUUAUAAUAAUAUAUUAAUUUCCUUUGUAAAGUUCAACGUUAGUCAUUGUGCGAUAAUUUUGAUUAUUAAUUGAUCAACAAAUAUUGUGUACGAGUAUGUAUAAGUGCUGUUAAUAAAUUAUCUAUGCAAUAAAAUUGUAACAAUAAUUAUUUCAUCGUUUUGGAAAUCAUAUACCAUAAUAUAAUUCGUCCCGUUUAGUUUUUUUCUACUUUCUGUAUGUCUAAAUAAAAACCCUAGUGUCUAUUUGCAUUAUAUAACAAUAAACAGUUGGAACAGUGAAUGGUGUGAUUCCGGUAUUAGGCAAUAAGCGUUUGUUUUGCUUCAUUCACCUCGUUAUUUUAUAGAAAUAAUAAUGUGUUUUGGGCAAAUUGCUCGUACAACCGUUUUGUAAUAAUGCUAAACUGUUUAAUUCCUUUAUUUAAUAUUGAAUUUUAAACGUGAUUCUUAAUGAAAAAAUAAAGGAUUUUUGUUUAAUUUUAUAGUAGGUCACUAGCUGUUUUGAUAUAAUAUACGAAUAGCGAACAACUAACUGAAAUUGAUUAUGUACCGAAUGAAUACCUGGGUACUGUAAGUUAACCUGAUUUUCGUAAUUUUUUAUUGGGUUUUGGUAGGAUCGACUAGAAAAUUAUUGAGUGCCUACUUACCUAAAUCAAAAAGUUGUAAAACAAAAUUAUAUUUUUGUAAUUUCCAUUCCCUAAAAAACGGUGUUCCGAGAAAAAACACAAAUAAUAUAAAACAUUAACUCAGAGGUUCCCAACCUUUUUUGACUCGCGACACUAAAGUAUUUUCUAAAAAUCCGAUGGCUCCUUAUAGUAUUAUAGUAGUACAUCGUGUACCUAUUUAUAUUUAUAUUUUACAACAUCGGUUUUCUUAGCUAGAUAUAACCAAACAUUAUACACACAUAGCCACACGGGGUGGAUCUAGGCAAUAGAUAAGGGAGAGGAGUAAAAAAAAGUUCACUUUUUAUAUGCUUUAAAAAUGUUUUUUUGAUAUAAUUUAUAUAAUGUAGUAUAAGACCUAUAUUUUAAGUACCUACACGUGUGAAGGGAAGGGCGUCCCCUCCCCUCUUGUAUGCACCCCUCUUUUUUUCGCUCUGUUCAAAAUCUAAAAGGGUUUUUCUAAGAGUAUACCACGUUUUUUCUUUCGAAAAUCAUAUUAUUUGUUUAUUAACCAUAACAAUUAAGAUUUAAAGAAUGAAUACCUAUUUUAAUUAUUCGAUUCUAAAUGAUUAUGUUGUUAUGAACAAAUUUCUGUUUAAUAUAGUUAAAAUAUUAUUAUUUUUAUUAUUUUCAAAUAUAUAAUAUAAUAUGUCAGUGUUCAAACCCGGUUAGGUUAACCUUCAAGAGAACUGAUAGUAUAUGGUUAAUUAAGUCUGGAAGUAAGACCUGAAUAAUUCUUAUUGUCUUCAAUCGGCAGUCGCUUGUUUUUUAUAUAUUGCGGUUUAUGACAAAAUGUAUUGUGUAUGGGUUAUAAAAGGGUAAAGAUUUAAUUAGAAUAGGUAGGUAUCUCUUUAAGGGCAGGUAAAUGCAAUGUAGAUGAUUAAAUAAUUUACGAAACUUCAUUAUUUAGAUAAAAACGUUAGCUAGUAUUUUUUUUAAAUAUUUAAUAGUCUACUCAGCUUCAAACUCGGUUUUAACUCAAUCACUUAUGAUUAGGUGCUUAUUUAUAAGUCAAUUUAUUUAUUUAACCAACUUAAAAGUUCGCAUCUAUUGUUUUAGUCCAAACCCAAUGCUUACAAAAUAAAACUUGCUUAAUUUUGAUUUUAGAGCAAAAGUACCUUUUAGAGAAAUAUAUAGAGAAGUAUAAUUUGAAGGGAACCUUAUAGGGUUUUUGUAUUAUUUUAAAUAUACAGCUUGUUAUAAAAGGCACAAAAAUCUAUUUUUUUUAGUUUUUAAAUAAAGUAAGUAACUUUUUAAUAGUUUAUAAUUCAAAAAAUAUUUAUGAGAUUCCCUCCAAAAUAUUGUUCUCAAUAAAUCUCAUAAUAAAUACUUUUACUCUAAAAUUAAACUAGUUUUAUUUAGUCUGUGUAAGCAUUGUUUUAUUCGUGUUACUCAUUAGUUGGACUGAGAGUGGUAGCGGAUAUAGGAUUUUGGUUCGGGAGGGGGAAUUGUUCAUAUUUUGGACAAUGAACACUAAAUAUAAAUUGCAAUCAAGUUUCAACAUUAUCCACCAUUAUUUAUAAUAAUAAAAUAUUGGUUUAUUUGAAUGGCAAUUUAUGAUCAUUAUUGGGUAACUCAUAUUAUUAUAAAUUUACAAAUACCAAUGUAAUAUAACAAUCAAGGGGGAGGCGGCCACUGGGCACUGAUUGAAACAGUAUAUGGGAGUGUGAUGGUAGAUAGUAAUAGAUUUUUAUGUGGGAUUAUUAUCCCCACUCACAUGUUAUUUUUAUCCCUAUAUUAAAUUCAAUUCAACAAACCAUUUAAAUUAACAAUAGAUAUAGCGAAUUAAGUUAUGUACCUACAUUAUAUAUAUCAUUUAGAUAUUAAAUGUACUAUUCACUUAAUCCUUACAUGUACCUACAACUAUAAUUUAAAUUAAUUUUUGUAUAAAGUGAUACAUAGAUAAAUAAUUAUAUAGUAUUAUUAAAUUUACAGAGUUGCCUAUUAUAAAUAGUUAAGUUAAAUAAUAUAAAUAUUUAUUAUGACCAUAUUAAAUAACAAAAACAUGAUUAAGGUCAAUGACAGUGACUAGCUAAUCUAAUUUCCUCUUAUGGAAUAGGGAAUGGGAAUGGUCUCAUGUGUUUACAGUAACACUUACACCUUCAUGCCUAUUAUACACAUCCAUGACCAUAUGGUGUUCCAAUAUAUUUCACAAUAUUUCUCACACUUCUUCUAUAAUAUAAUACUAUUAAUUACUAUUGUGUUUUCAAUGUAUAAUGUUAAAUUAUUAUAUUACACAUUUUUUUUUAUUUUCAGGCUAAUCAAUAUCCAAAAAGUCAAGUUCCAGCAACUAAAGGAUUGGCAUCAUCCUUUGGGUUUAAAAAGCCAUCCCAAACCAAUAAAAUAAGACCAAUAUCCGCUCCUCUUAACCCUACUACUAAACCUAUUGAAAAGCCAGAUACUUCUGGAUCAAAAAUGCUACCAAAACCCACAUUAACACCUAUGGAAAAAUGUCCAAAAAGUAUCCCCAAGAGUAAUACACCUUCUCCCAACAGGUGAUACAUUUUAUUUCUUGAAUUUGGCUUUUACCAUAAUUUUUUUUUUUUUUAGGUUUGGAUUUUGUAAACCACCAUCAAAACUUGUUCAACCUACAAUGAGAUCUACGGCAAAAAAAGUGGAAGUUGAAAGAAGAAGUCAAUCUGAACCUCAAAAGAGGGAAAGUGCUAAAUAUGUGUCUAGUGGAUCUAAAAUUGCUGUAUCCAGAGUUACUUCUAGUCAUUUACCAAGGCCUCAAAUACCAGUUAGAUAUCAAAUAUCCAAAAGUCCCGACAAGAAUUUUAAAACAGCUACUAACAUGAGAUUAAAGAGUGAAGCAAUAAAACAAAUGCAACAAGGAGUAACUAUUCGAAAGUUAAGUGACUCUGUAGAAUUCACUGAAGUGAUUGCUAUAAAUAGACCUUCAAGGUUUACUAUCAACUCAAAUGCUAAAGGUCCUUUAAUUAGAGAACGAGCCAAUAAAUAUUUGAGGUUAGUUCUCUAGGUACUUGUAAUUACCAUUUAUAUUUCAUUCAAAUAUUUUAUGAUAAAUAGGCAAGUUUCAAGUUCUUCUAAGCAUUUGACAUCAUCUGAUGACGAUUCAGAUAUGAGCAGUUAUGAAGAAAAACAUGACAAGUAAUUUUAACUGUUAUAAUCAAUUAUUUUCAAUAUAUUACAGUACUUUUGAGUUGUACAUGCCUUUAGCCAUAUUAUUUCCAUGGAAAAUUAUUAUAUUCUUAACAUACAAAACAAUUAAAUAUUUAUUGAAAGCUCAGAUUUAAAAAAUUAAAAAUCAUUUUUUGUUAAUUUCAUUAAUUUUUCAUUUAUAUAAUUAUACAUAUUCCUAAAAUAUGUAUACUUUGUUAAAUAAAUGUCCAUGCACACUUGUGGUAGAAUUUAUGUAAUAUUUAUAUUUUAACAGAGAAGAGUUCAUAAAAGAAAAUACUUGCAUAUUCGAUAAAAAAGAUACUACAUGUAGUGAUGAAGAGUAUGGACCCGGUGAAGCAUUAGCUGUUGAAGAAUUUACAGAAAUGAAAGAUAAAAUAAAUGUCAUUGAUAAUAAAUUUGGUACCUAUUUAAUUUAAAUUGUAUACUUAUUAUUGAAGCAGUAUAAAAUGUUUGUUUAUUUUUGUAGCUAAUGUUGAUAUGUCUGUAUCAUUACGUGAUGUUUUAUUGAAUAUUGAAGACACAACAUUUGCUACAUUAGCUGCUAUGUCUUCUACAAUACGAAUUGAAGAUGAAACAUCACCAGAUGAUGAAUGCUUAAGUCCCACUGAAUCAGAGUCUGUAGAAUUUCCACAAAGUAAAACAGGUAAAAUUAUAUUUUUAAUUUUUAGAGAAUCAUCAAACAAAAAUAAACUUCAAUACAAGGUUAUAUGUAUAUUAUAAAUAGCUUAUUUUCACACUUUUAAAAAUUCUUUUCAUAUUUAUUAAGGACACCAGCCCUUUAAAAAAAAAAAUAAUAAUAAGGAAAUCUAAACACCUAAUAAUUCUUAAAUGUUCAAUACAAUUCAUUUACAAACUGAAAUAUAGUUAAAUAAAAUAAUAUUUUUGAAAAUAUCAUUAUCAUAUAUCAUAACUUGAUAUUAUUAUCUUACUCCACAACAUAUUCAAUAUAUAUUGUUCUAGUUGUCAUAUCUUUGUUGUUACACUUUGUUUAUAAAUAUAUAUUGGAGUAAUAAUUAUAGGAGAUUAAAAGCUGUGAUUUUUAAAUUCUAAGUGAAGCGAGGAAUAUAUUGAUUUUUAAUUUAGUUUUUUCUUUGUGUCAGUAAACUAGGAACUAUUUUUCCAAAGAUUUUGUUUCAAUUAAAAACUUUAUAGGAACUUUCUUAUUGAACUUUUGAUCUAGCUGGUGCAUUCAUUGAGGAAAUACAUUUUACAUUUUCGUUUCCGGUUUUUUAAUCAAUAGAAAAAACUUGCAAUUUUUAGCUUAAUUGUUUAUUGAUUUUUGGUUUACCUUUGUAACAAAGGAAAAAAUAUGACUAAUAAUUCUCUUUUUAGAAUCAUUUUUCAUUAACCAUAGUUUAUCAUUACAUACACAUAUAAAUUACAUUACUCUAUAAUAUAUCCUCCCUUCUAACUUCUUUCCUAAAACAGUAGCACACCCAUUAGUAGUAUUUUUAUCCAUCACAUUUAUCUAUUACCCUCAAAAGAUAUCUUUGUCCCUUAUAUUUAUCUUUAUAAUUUAUUAUGAUAUGACUCAAUAUAUUUUCAUUGUAACUGUGUACAAAAAUGUAAUACCAGUUAGGUGCAUACCUAACCUGUUUAUAAAAGUCUUUAUACUUAAUGUUGAUGGGGUUUGUUUAAAAUGAACAGGGAUUGACGAUCCCCCUUGUUUAUUAGAACAUGUUAUACUACUUCAUAUGGUAUAGUAAAGUUUUAUUUUACUUCUGAAAUUAGAUUUGAAUUUUAGUUUAGAAAUUAACUAUUUCAAAGAUAUUGUACAACAAAAAUAUAAUUUUGGAAAAAUCAUAUAUAUUUAAAAUAUCAUAAAGUAAUAUUUGUAUUAAGGAAAUUUAAAACUGAUAUUUUUAUUCUUUGACAAACAUACCCACAGCAUAGCAAAUUAGGCCAAUUUUUUAGCAAUAAAAGUUUUUAAAAAACAGAUUUGAAUUCAAUAUAAAGUGUAAAUGAGAUGAUCGAUAACUUAUAGACUUAAAAUUAAAUUCAAAUUUGUUUUUUAAACUAAAUUUCUAUGCUGUUUAUGUAUUUUAAUUAUAUAUAUAUAUCUGUUUUUAAUCUCCUUAAUAGAAAACAAUAAAUAGUAUAUAUUUUGUGUGAUUUCUAAAACAUAAUAUUAAUGGUUUUGUUAUUUUUUAUGAUAGUUAAAAUAAAUUUUACUAAAUAAAUAACAAAAUAUAGAUAAUAUGUAUUAUACUGAUCAUUUUCUUCAGAAUUAUGUUAUGUUAAUUCUCACUUAAUGAUUUUUACUUAUUUUAUAGUUCACUGUAUGUUUUUUAGUGAUUUUUUCAUUAUUUUUAUUUUGAAUGUGAGUAAGGAUUUGAAAUAACAAAAAAUUUAAAUUUAUUUUAUCCUUCAAUUAAAUAAUAUGUAAAACACUUAAAAUAACACAAUUGUAUUUAUAAUAAUUAUUUAUAGCAAAUAAUACAAACUAAGCUUUUUUUUUUUGUAGAAAGUGAACUAUUAUACAAAUUGUUCUAUAUAAAGUUAAUAUUCCAAAUCCUAAUAAAUAAAUAGGAUUUGAUUUAGUGAAUUGUGAUAAAAAAAAUAGGUUAUACCAGGGAUACAGUGUAUAGUGACUAUACAUAUAGUAUAAUAUCUUAUAAUUUGAUUUAAGCAUUUUGCCAAACUCCUUUUUCUCCUAGCUACGUGUUAAAGUAUUCUAUUCUAUUUUUCUUUUUUUCUUUUUUUUUUUAUGUUCUAUUAUGAGAAAAAUUUACAAGAUUUGAAAAAUUUACAAGAUAUUUCCGCUUUUAUCUCAAUAUAUUUUUGAAGUAAAUCAAUAAAAAUAAUUAAAAAUACUGAUUACCGACAUCAACACAAUGUCAUAAAAUACAAAUCAAAAAUUGCAUAAUAAUUUUUUUUCACAAUUUUCUGCUACAUUUUUGCGCAGAUUUCUACUGAUUAAUCUAAUAUUUAUAAAAUGUAUAGGUACCUAAUUUACUAAUUAAAAUUAAUGUUUGUUGUUACAGAAUCUAUAAAUAAUGAAAAACGUGAUACAGUGUCGCCAAUUUUGAAGUGUAAUAUGUCCAAAUCUGGUUCUUUUUCAUCGGACACUAGGGAUUUUUUUGACGAUGAAAUAGCCGAUCAGCCAGCCCUAAUGUUUAGUGGACCUCCAUCUGAGUCUUGCAAUAUAGAAGAUAUCGAUGAUGCUAUAUUUCGACUCGCAAACCAAUCCAACAGUAACAAAAAAAGUAAUAAAAUAAUAGAUUUUUUUUUUUUCUAAUUAGCCUGUUGUCAGUUUUCCAAAUUUUCUCUAAUUUAUAAAAUUUAGUGACUGAAACUGAAAGGUGUAACAUUUUAAUGACCACCUAAAAUAUAAGAUAAAACUUUCAUUUAUCUGCUGCUAAAUACCUAUUUAGAGAAAAGGAGUAAGACCAUUUUCAUGGAUGAAAAUAUCUGCAAAAUUAAUCAAAUUUUUACUAAUUAAAUUAAUAAAAACUGCUCAAUAUAAUAGUUUUUCCAUCGUUUUUAUUUUAUUAGAUAAAAAAUAAUAUUCUACACACUGCAUUGAACUCUAAUUUUUUUAUAUUGAAAAACUGGAGUUUAAUAUUGUCUGUAGAAAGUUUUCUUAUUUCCAACAAAAAAUAAUCAUCAAAUUCUAUGGCUAUGAGACAUGAGAGUAAAACACAUUUUUAAGCCAAAUAAAAAAAGUUGCAGCAAGCCUCUUAAUAUAAAAAUAUUUAAAUUACAAAAUAUUUAACUCUUUUAAUUUUAAUUGUUUUGAAAAUUGCGUGUAAACAUAUUAUGUUUUCAAACAUAGCCAUAUCCUUGAGAAGAUCAAUAAGUGCUGAUGGAUCCUUGAGUGAGAGUCUUAAUUCUGAUGACUUGAUGCUCGAUGUUGAUUAUGAUGCAACAGAUGAUAAAAUGAUUGAUCCUGAUAACAAUGACCUAUUGCAAACGCUGGAGAGAAGUAAACAAAACACGUUUAAGGAAUGGAAGGCUUUAACAUCCCCAAGGUAUUAAAUAAUAACUAAUGUAAACAGUUAUAACAUAAAAACUAUAAUAGUAUUAUAUUAUAUUUUAUAUAUUACAAAUUAGUACACAAUUGAUAUUAUAGGUGGCCAGGUGGGAGUAAAAUAUUUCAUUGUUGGGUAUAUGAAAGAGGGCAAUGUUAAUGACCUUGGUCGUGUAGCAUAGCCAAGUGUUCCACAACUGCUUGUAUCUGAGUCAUUAAACCGGUUAACUACACACUGUAUACACUGUUUUUCCCGUCACUUAUUUUUUUUUUAAUAACGCCAAGCUUUCUUUUUACUUACAUGUUUUCAUUUUGAUAAUUUUAUAAAAACAUUUAAAAACAUUAGUACUCUAUGCAUAUAAUAAAACACUAAGUCUAUUAAAAUUUCAAAAUGAUCAAAGCAUUUAACAGAUCAAAACGGGUGUUUAAAAGGUAUAAUUAUAGUCAAUUAGUUAACACAAAAUUAAUAUAGAAUAUUUUAAAUUUAUAUUCGUCAACACACAAAUGUAUUAAUAUAUAUUUUGUAUUCUUUUUUUUAGAAAUAGUAAUAGUUCAUUAAAAGACGAGGUAGUUCCAGUCAAAGAUGAAACGGAUUCAAAAGUAAGUAGACAAUUUGAUUUUCUCUUUUGGACGGUGUUCACAAUUUUGAAUAAAUUUGAAGUGGAUAAUUAUAGGACAGCAAUGGGGAUGUGAUAAUGAGCUUCGAUCGAUUUCGAGAAGUGACAGACGACAUUGCGAGUAUCAAGAAUAUGCUAUUCGAGCUAAAUCGUGCCUUGAUAGAGGUAAUUUGAAAGUAAAAUGUUCAAUUAUAAAAAAAUUGUUUUUAAUUUGUUUAAUCAAAUAUUAUAAGUGUCAAUAAUUUUUCUAAAGACAAUUUUAAGAUUUUUAUUUAUAAUAUCUAUUUGUCAAAGCUGAAAAAAAAAUGUCCUUUUUCAUUGAAUUAUUUAAGUAUUAUCAAUUGUACUAUUAAAUCAUAAUAGAAAAUAUGUGAUUAAUUCUAGGACAAACAAGAUAUGACAUAUCCGGAAGAACAGGAAGUGCAUUGUUGUUACGAGGACCAAAUCUUGGAUUUGAAACAACAGGUUAGUUAGAUAUUCUUUUUAAUUUAAUUAUUGCAUAAAUACACGUCUCCAUUUUUUUUUUUUUUUUUUUCAAAGCUGGUAAAUAUUUUAAAUUUAAUUUAAUAAAUUCAAAAUGUGUCUUGUUACUCAUUUGAAAACACCUUUUAAAUAGACAAUAGAUACUUAGAUAGUAGCAUGAUUUGCAUGAUUAUCUUAACACUAAGCAAAUUAAAUAUGAGGGAAAUAUGCAUUUAAAUACACCCUGUUGUAUUUCGGAGACAAGUAUGCAUUUCCUUGAUCAGGAGCUGAGUUGCGGAUCAUCCGUUUCAGAUAGCUUAUAUGGCACAACAAAUGGAACAGAAGGACCGUACUAUUCAGAUGCUCAACGAACAGAUAGCCCAACGGCCACGACCACUAACAAUGGAAAUAGAAACCCGAAAUGCUGCCACUCAAACAGACCGAGUAUGUACUCAGGGUAUUUCAUGAAUAGUUACUAAUUUAAACUGCUAUAAUGUUAGCAAAGUUUGCAUUAUUCUUAAUUAUAAAAAAAAUUAAGUAUUUUCUAUAUGUAUAAAACUUUUAUUUUUCAAGUGUCGGUCGACCACAGUUCCAACACUAUGCACAUUCGAUAGAGAAGGCCAAGCAAAUGGACGUCCUGUUAUAAGGUAACUCAACUAACAUGUUAUAUUAAAUAAUUAUUAUGUGUUAAAUUACAAUAUGAAUAUUAUUUACUCAUGGAAUAUGUUAUACUAUGUUUAAUGCAAACAAUGACGCGAUUUCUGUCAACAAUAGCUUCGCAUUGGGAAAGGUAGAUAAACUUGACAUGGUGUUUUGUUUGUUCGCAAUGUGUGCGUUCGAUUAUUUCUGCUUGUCUAUUAUAAUGCUUUGACCAUCUGGCACCCGCUCUUACAUGAGCAUGAAGGUAGUUUUAAGUAUAGGUUUUGUUAAGUUUUUUUUAAAUUAAUUAAAUAUUAUGUAAAUUAUAUACAAAUGCAUUGAAUAAAUUAUAUAUUUAAAUAUUGUAUUUAUAUCAAACCUUCAUAUUGAAGGUAGAUAAUUUUAUUCAAUCUAUGUAUUUAGUUAUUUUGUAUGUAAAUAAAAAACAAGUUUAUUGAUUUACUGGUUAAAGUAUAGGUACUUACAGUUAAUUAUCAUGUAUUAAUAUUUAAUAACCUUAAUUUGAUGAUAUUUUUUUUUGUAGUUAUGUUGAUUUUUUAUAACAUUAUAUUUAUUUAUAGUAGUUUAUCUACGUUUUAAUAUACUAUAUCAAUUAAGCACGAUCAUUUUUCAAACUAACCAUUAAUUAUUUUCUGUAUUGCAUGCAAUUUUACCCUGUAGAUUUAAAAAACAAGAGACAUUUUGAAUUUAAAUUUUAAAUAUUGGUGAAUUGUAUUUAUGUGAAGUAGACAUCAAGGUGGUUUAUUAUUAGCUAAUUUUUAAAAAUGAUAAGUUAUGUUUUUAUUCAAUACUUUUUUUUUCAUCAAAUAAUCUGCACAGUGGUUUUUAUUAAAUAAAUAUUCUAAUAAUUAACUGAUUAGAUAAUAGCUUAAUACCUUAAAAAAUAUCUGAAUAUAAAACCUUCAUUUAAAUAACAAUUAUUGUAAGAGAAAGUACAAAAAGUGUGAUCAGUAAAUCCUCUACAUUAAUUAUUAAUAUUCUGACAUUAUAUAUUAUUGUAAUAAUCAUAUUACAUAUUAGAUAUUAUCACAUUGAAAUUCUCAGAAAAAAAAAGAAGAAAAUAUUUUCAAAUGAAUGUAGUUUAAUUAAUACCACAAUAUAAAUUAAAACUUGGUAUGUUUUUAGAACACAAGUGCGUAUAUUUGUAUAUUGACAUUAUAGACUAGUGAUUCUAUGUGACGUUUAGUUGUGUUUUUCACUCCAACCAGUUAAUUAAAAUAUUAUUUAUUUUUAUAUGUAGGCGUUUAUAAAUACAAACAAUAAAACAAAAGACAAAAUAAGUAAAGUAAGAUGAUUUUUAAAUUUGUUUAAAUAAAACUUCAUACAUAAUAGAUAAAAUACAGUAAUAUUUUGGAAAGAAAAUGGAAACCAAUAAUUAUUAUUUACUGCAGUAUGAUUUAUAAUAUGUUCUUGGUUCUAAAAUUAUGGUUUUUUUUCUUUUUCUACAAACUGUAAAAUAUGUACUUACUAUGGCGUUUUUUCAUUAUAUAAUUAUAGUUUCAAAUUAUAAACAAUGUUUUCAAAUAAAUUAAAUUGCUGCAUCUAAUAAUAAUUUAAUUUAUAUUACCUAAUUUGUAUUUGGUUACAAGUUACACUGUUAAUAUUUAUUCAUUUAAAUUUAAAUAAAAUGGACUUUUUAACUUUGUUAAUUAAAAAUUAAAGAUUAUUUUUUUAUAAUCCAAACAUAUAUUGUUAAAAAUAAUAAUUUUUAUAACUGAAUGUUUAUAUUUACAGCAAGUUAUUUAUUUUUUUUAAAGGUGCAGUGACAUGAUGGAGAGAUCCAAGUCGGUGUCAGGCAAUCGUAUACGUAUCGGCAUGCUAAAGCACAAAUUUCUUAUGGACGCUGGCCGUACAUUGCCGAACGUUUAAUUUCUUCCACUUGUUUUCUUCGCCCAGUAUUAACAACAACAUUCCAUGUUUAAUGUUCCAUUAGUAGUUAAAUUUAAACUAAGAUUUAAUUUAUAAUUUUUUUUUACAGUACAUUAAUUUGUCCACAUGUAAUGUAUAAGUUUUUGUUUUAAAAACUAUUAUAUAAAUUAUUUUGUACAUAUAAAUAUAUAUAUAUAUUUAUACAUAACUCUUUUUGUACCUUAAAUAUGGGUUGUUUUUUUUUUAGCUUAAUAUAAGUAAUCUUUUUUCCACUUUACCAAAAUCAAACUAGUCAAUAUUUGUUUUGUUUAUAUGAAAUAUAUAUUUUGUUUGUAUUGCAUUCAAUAAUAUUUCUCUAGAUUAAAAUUAUUAUUAUAAUUUAAACAUUAAGGACAUUUAAUUCAUUCUUUGAAAUAAUAAAAAUUAUUUAUUUAAAUGUGUUUAAUUUCGCCCAGUAGUUUAUAUUGUUAUAUUUUAUAUAGUUGAACAUCAAACAAAAUUUAAAAAAAACAACUAAUUAAGAUUUAUAGUUUAUUGUACCCAAGGUUUAUGGAUUACUUUAUAGUCUAUAAACCUUUUAUUGUAUCUAUAAAAAAAAAUUUAAAUAUAAUACAAUAAAUUGUUUAAGAUACUCUUUAAUUACUGUACUUUGUGAUUAUAAGACAAAUACUUUGUUCAUUUUUAAAAAUUAUUUCAAAUUUAAUUUUUUCCCUUUAAAUAAUUAUAACUAGAAUUUUAUUUCUACUAUCUAAUAAUAACUAUUUGUAUAUUUUUUGUUUUAGAGUUAAUCUUGCUCUAUAAUAAUAUAGCCUACCUUUAUUUUAGAGUUUGUGCAAGUCUAAAUUAUUACAGUGGGUAUGUUAUAGAUUAAGGCGUAACUGGAUAAUAGUUUCUGAAGGAGGGUUGUGAACUAAAAAUGUGUGAUAUUCUAUUUUUAUUGACUGAAACAAUUAUUUUCUUACAACAUAUAACAAAAAAAAAAAUUUAGAAGGAAGGGCGUGGUUUUAAAUCCAAAAACCUCCCCUCAGGUAUGGCCCUGCUAUAGUCUUACCUUUUAAAAUAAUAUAAUAUAUUAAUAAAGUGAAAUGAUAAACUAUGCUUAUUGCAUUUAUAGGUUUUAAAACAAAUCAAAAUCAGUAUUAUUAUACAAUCUAUUAAUUAAUACCCAG